UACCCUGGUUAAGCGUCCGUUUGCAGUGCACAGUUCGAUUUGUUUUGGUUUCUACAGACAGCGCUUGGUACCGGGGAGCGAAGGUCCACCGCGUACUUAAUCUGGUCGUUACACUGCUUUGACUUACUGACAAACCUUCCAACUACUCCUCCCCCCCCUGUGUUUCGCCUCCCCCUUUGAGGGCAAUUGCCUGCCUCGUAGCUCCCGUUAUCGGACCCCAGAAGCUGGCCUGCUAGUUAGCAAACAAGCUAACGAUAGUCAGGUUUCACCCAUGUCCUCUGAAGAAGCGUUGAGCUCAACGAUCACGGAUUGGCUUUUUAUCAACUCCUGGUGGCUCCUUCUGCCAUUCAUCAUGCUUAUUGUAGUGGCUGCCUUUAUUGUUGCCUUUGUGUUGCUGUUAUACAUGAUAUCGCCUCUUAUUAGUCCCAAACCUCUGAAACUGAACGGGGCCCACGUCGUGGUGACAGGAGGCUCAAGUGGGAUUGGAAAAUGCAUUGCAAUUGAGUGCUACAGACAAGGAGCAUUCAUUACUUUGGUUGCACGGAAUGAGGCGAAAUUGCUUCAAGCAAAGAAGGAGUUGGAGAAAUUUGCCAUCAAUGACAAACAGGUGGUGCUCUGCAUAUCGGUGGAUGUUUCGAGUGAUUACAGCCAGGUGGAAAGUGUGAUAAAACAGGCUCAAGAAAAGCUUGGUCCUGUGGAUAUGUUAGUGAACUGUGCUGGUUUAUCCAUUUCCGGAAAGUUUGAAGACAUGGAAGUGGAUCGUUUCAAAAAAAUGAUGGAAGUGAAUUACCUUGGCAGUGUUUACCCUACGCGGGCUGUCAUAACCACCAUGAAGGAACGAAGGAUGGGCCGCAUCUUGUUCGUGUCCUCCCAAGCCGGCCAGAUCGGCCUGUUUGGAUACACUGCCUACUCACCAUCCAAGUUUGCCCUGCGUGGCUUAGCUGAGUCUCUGCAGAUGGAGAUAAAGCCUUACAAUAUCUAUGUGACUGUGGCCUACCCGCCUGACACUGACACUCCAGGAUUGGCUGAGGAAAAUAAGACCAAGCCUCUAGAGACCAAAUUAAUCUCUGAAACCUCUGGAGUGUGUCAACCAGACCAAGUGGCCAAAAUCAUUGUUCGGGAUGCAGUGCAGGGGAACUUCAACUGCUCUGUGGGACCCGACGGUUACAUGUUAUCCGCCCUCACCUGUGGAAUGUCCCCUGUUACUUCCAUCACAGAGGGUCUCCAGCAGAUUGUUACCAUGGGGUUAUUUCGGACCAUCGCCCUCUUCUACCUGGGGAGUUUUGAUAGUAUUGUUCGCCGCUGCAUGAUUCAGAGGGAGCAGUCCAAAGCAGCUGACAAGAGGGAGUGACAGCAGCCUUACCUUAUUCAAAGUCCGAUGCCCCUCCUUUGCACCCCCCCAUCCCAUCCCCUCCUCCAGCUGUAUAAGUGCACAACUCUAGGUGGAGGAAAGGUCAGGAUUUGAGUGUAUUUAUGAUAUCAGAAGAGAGGAUUAAAAAAACUGGCAGAUGUUUACUAUUUGCUUCUAGAGUUACACAACUCCUCCAUAGACUUCAGUCAUUUUGAUUAUUCUAUCCUCUGAGCAUUCCAGUGACUUUUCAGUUUGAUAGUCCACCUGCUUCUUUUUGAGGUAGUAGCCUUACUUUAAGGGAAUGGGGGCAGUCUAAACAUCCCACAGCCUUGUUUUAAAGUAGACAGGCUUUUUGAAACUUUGACUAGAUGUCAGGCCUCCACUUGCACAGUGCUGUUUUUUCUUAGUUUAUUUCGCACAGUGGUAAAUCAACAGACCGUCUGUCCGACCGGUUGUGCCAAAUAAAUAUAAAAAAAUCCCUCCCACCAGGGGUUAUUGUGAAAACCAGAAGGGUAACUCCCAGCUUUUAUCUUCACAUGUCAUGUAUUACAAAGGAAAGUCCAACAUGUUAGAAUUUCUCAGUUAUGUCUAAAUAAGGCCCUUAUUCUCUACCUUUUCAUACCAAAAGUCUUUGCAGGCAAAGCACUUUCCUUUUUCACUGAAUUACCUCUGUGUUUAAAACAAGUUGAGACCCUAUGUGUUUUGUUGUUGUGCUCUGUGUCUGAACCAAGCUUACAUUGAGAGACAAGAGCACUCUUCAGUUCUAUCAGAUAGCAGAGAGACAGAGUGUGUGAUGUGUUUAUACAUUUACUAAUGCAAAAACAUAAUUUCUAGAAAAAAAUAAUAUUUCAACAUUUCAGAUGCAGUUUUUUGGCAAAUAUAUUUGGGUGAAUUGUUUGCAUGAUUGUGUGUGUGUUUUGGGUUUGCUGUGACUGAGCCAAACCCCCGAGGGGAGAAAAGCCAUUCAAUUUUAUCAUCUCUGGAAUAAACGCACCAAAUUAUUUCCCUUGGCAUCCUAUCUUAUUUCAUUGAGAAAGGAAAGCAGGUACUACUGGUUGAAGCCAUGAAAUAAAAACAGAGAACAGGACCAGCACUGGUAAUUUCACUCUUCACCUGUGAAUAUGACCAGAGUUCAAUACACAUUUUCUCAUUAAGUGUUAAUGGAAGCAUAUCAUUAUUCCAUGAAGUUUGUGUCCGAGCACAUAUUCAUCCAGUCAAGAUCCAAGUGGGAUCCAUCAUUUGUUGGGGUGGUGUAAGUCAGGGCAGGGCAAGACUUGCCGGUCAAGUCAUGUCCCUGUAGGUCUAGUGAGGGCGCUAGAUAUUUGUUUUACAGAACGGCCGAAAUAGCAGAGGCAUUAGCAUAGAAGUGUUAUCUGUGUCUUUCUGAUUUUGACCUGCUGUCAUGCACAGUUGGGGCUGUGCAGCUCCCUAAAUGACAAUAAUCAUUCGCUCAUUGAAAAACCUUGUAUUCACCACAUGUUUCCAUAUGUUUAGCAUAUAGAGGGAGGGAAAGUACAGUGUCGACUCUUGCAAGUCUUCCUUCUGUCCAUCACAAACGGGAAGAAUGUACUUUAUUACAAACCAUAAAAAUCAGAAAAUAUUUUUAAAUACACCAAUAUUUGAAUGCCAAAAUGUGUUGAGACAAUUUCUGUAGAUGCACUGCAUUUGUUUGAGAUUUUUUUUGAUGUUGCUGCUUUGUUGAUGUGAGUUAGAUUGUUAAAGCAGUGGAGCAAUGUGGGGACCCAUUCCCAGCCUUAAGAUAUGCUACUGAAAAGCUAAUGCGAUAAGAAUGCACCUGUCCACAGAACUAUGUGGCUCAACCCACAUGUGGUUUACCAGUUCAUGUAUUACAUUAUCUUUAGUACUUUCACUGUAAAAUGUCAACUGUUCUUGUGUAUUCUGUCGAUUUCCAGUCUUUGUGUGACAAAAAAAGAAGCUUUGCAGAAAUCCAAGUUAUGAAAGUGAGAAUGAAUGACUCAUGUUUGAUGAUGUUCUCAUUUGAAAUUGGUUGAAGGCAUACUCUCCUGCACUCAAGCUUUUCACAAUUGUACAUUUAUUGCUUUCUGAAGUUGUAUUUUACCUUAAGGUAGCAACACAUAGUUAAUAGAACAUGUAGCCCAUAUAAACGCAGUUUUGUUUUAACCUAUAAGCUAUGCAAAUGAAGCCUAUGCUUACAAUAUGUUGGAACAUGCAGUCAAGAUUUACGUUAUAUAACCGUCAAGCUAGUUUCCCCUUAUUUAAUGGGGUCAUAAUCUUACCGAAUAUGAGUAUAAAACAUGGAAGUCAUAAUG